AUGUGCGGCCCGCGGCGCCCUGCCGCUGCCCUCUGCCGGCCACCGCGAGCACCGGGCAGCGGCCAGGUCCGAGGCACCCUCACGGGCUCCCCGGCUGGGCUCCGCUGCCCGAGCCGCCGGCGGCCCCGGGAUGCGGGCUCCGCGCCAAAUGGGGAGGGGGCUCGGACCCAGGCGUCCCGGGGGCGGCCGCCGGGGGCGGGGACGGGAAGCGGAAGCGCAGGUCCUCACCGAGCCGCUCUAGGACCUGGGAGGAGCUGCGCGCCUGUGGAGGCCGCCCGCGUCCUCCGGAGCUCGGUGGCCAGCGGGAGGCCGCGAGCCGCGGACAGAGCUACUCUAAGCCGAGGACAGUGGCCCGAACUCGGUGGUAUUAACUGUGUACCUCCUGGGCUGGAGCCGGGUGUUGAGGGCCGAAGACGCUUCCUAAUUAUCGCUGUGUCGGGCCACCGGCGCCGACCUCCGGGGCUGGCCGACUGCGCCAGCCACCCCGGCCCGGAGAGACAAAGAGAGAUCCGAAGACUGACCCAGGGAAAGGGCUUCCCAUGGGGGGAUAGCCAAAGGGAUCCAGGAAGUGAGAACUCCAGGUAUUCUUGGUCUUGGCUUUCCCCACCCUUUCGAGCACCUCAGCUUCCUACACUGCCCUCCCCCUUAUUUGCCACACUCAACUUCCUGCCCCACCAGAGGAAGUGGGGAGAGACAACAGGUGCAGCGACAGCUAGCAGGGUCAUGGACAAGGAGUAUGUGGGUUUCGCCGCCCUCCCCAACCAGCUGCACCGCAAGUCCGUCAAGAAGGGUUUUGACUUCACACUCAUGGUAGCAGGGGAGUCAGGCCUGGGAAAAUCCACCCUCAUCAACAGCCUGUUUCUCACCAAUCUCUACGAGGACCGGCAACUGCCAGAGGCCAGUGCUCGCUUGACACAAACGCUGACCAUUGAGCGCCGGGGUGUGGAGAUCGAGGAGGGGGGUAUUAAAGUGAAGCUGACUGUGGUGGACACACCUGGCUUUGGGGACUCCGUGGAUUGCUCAGACUGCUGGCAGCCUGUGGUGCGCUACAUCGAGGAGCAAUUCGAGCAGUAUCUGAGGGAUGAGAGCGGCCUGAACCGGAAGAACAUUCAGGAUUCCCGUGUUCACUGCUGCCUCUACUUCAUCUCCCCCUUUGGCCGAGGGCUCCGGCCCCUAGAUGUGGCCUUCCUCCGGGCAGUGCAUGAAAAGGUCAACAUCAUCCCGGUCAUUGGCAAAGCAGAUGCCCUGAUGCCAAAGGAAACCCAGGCCCUCAAGCAGAAGAUCCGGGACCAGCUGAAAGAGGAGGAGAUCAACAUCUACCAGUUCCCUGAUUGUGACUCUGAUGAGGAUGAAGACUUCAAGAGGCAGGAUGCAGAAAUGAAGGAAAGCAUCCCUUUCGCAGUGGUUGGUUCCUGCGAGGUUGUGAGGAACGGGGGGACCCAUCCGGUGAGGGGACGCCGCUAUUCCUGGGGCACCGUGGAGGUGGAGAACCCACAUCACUGCGACUUCCUGAACCUGCGACGGAUGCUGGUGCAGACCCACCUGCAGGACCUGAAGGAGGUGACCCACGAUCUGCUCUACGAGGGCUACCGGGCCCGCUGCCUACAGAGCCUGGCCCGGCCUGGGGCUCGUGAUCGGGCCAGUCGUAGUAAGCUCUCCCGCCAGAGCGCCACAGAGAUCCCGCUGCCCAUGCUGCCUCUGGCAGACACCGAGAAGUUAAUCCGCGAGAAAGACGAAGAGCUGCGCCGCAUGCAAGAGAUGCUGGAGAAGAUGCAGGCCCAGAUGCAGCAGAGCCAGACUCAGGGAGAGCAAUCCGACGCUCUCUGAGGACCCCGCCCCGCCCUGCUUUACCUCGGCUCCGCCUUCAGUCGGUCUCCUGACCAAUCCUGGAGCCCCAGCCCGAGAGGCCCGCCCCGGCAGGCGGCUCGCGGGCUAACAGAUUUGCCCUGUCCUAAGUCUGUAGCCCCGCCUUUGUCCCCGCCCCAGCUUCCAGCCCCGCCCCGGGCCCCCCGCCCCGUCCCUGGUCCCCAGCCCGCCGCUUUUCAAUCAAGUUGUGGCUUCCAUAAAAGCAAUUUCAGGGAUGGGGUGGCUCAGUCUGUUCAAGUGUGGGACUCUUAAUUUCGGCUCAGGUCACGAUCUCAGGGUCUGGGAUCUAGCGGCCCUAGGCUCCCUGUUCAGUGGG